CCCUUUCUUUCUCCUUCCCCUCGGAACCCAGCAGGUGUUGGGUUCGAUUUUUCAAUUUCGAAUGCUAGGUUUUUGCAGGUGCUUAGUUCGUUUGCAGGUGCUGGGUUCGAAAUCGAACCCAGCAAGCGGUGGGUUUGAGCAGCCGCUGAGUUCCUGCAAGUGAGGUUCUGGGUUUCGUUUCGAACCCAGCAGCCGCUAGGUCAAAUAUCUAUUGAGAUUAAUCUGUUGAUUUGUUGUGUUAUCCUCGAAUUUAAUAUUAGGAGUUAGGGUUUGCAGAAGGUUAAAGGAAAGGGAGAGGAAGAAGAAAGGGAAAAAGGAAAAACAAAGGAAGAAAAAAAAAAAGGAAUAACAAAUUUUUUAAAGAUUUUUUUCUUGCCAUCUCAUUUUUUUGUUGCACUGUACAUCCUAGGUGUCAAAAUAUUUUUACAUGUCAUCAUUUUCCCGUCAAGUAACGGGACACGUAGGUUGAUAUUUGA